CAAAAGGAAGUUAAAGAAAAAUAGUGGGAGUACACGGGCUACUGCAGCGCCGUCGUUUCACGGCUUCUUUUUCCCCAACUUCAAAUUUGAGGCCGGCGGAAAGAUAUGAAAUUAAAUUAAAUCAUGCAAGUGUUUGGUAAGAAGUAUUUUGAACUCAAACUCUCUCAAUUUCUCCAGAAAUAGGGAAAACGACGCACUGUAGCUUCAUCAAUGGCGAAGAUAUUCGCGGCGCAAAAUCUUCCGGCGGACGUCAGCCAAGUGAUGGAUCUGCUGGAGCGCCACUGCUUGGCUCCCGAUGGAUCUCUCAUUUCCAAAUCCACAUACUACGAUCUCCAGCUGGCUAGAGAAGAGAUGUGUAAAGAGAGGCAGCGUUACCUGGAAGCUCUGGCGGUGUACAUAGAGGCGAUAUCAAUGGUGGAGGAGUAUCAGCAGGCCGUUUCUGUGGCUAAUUUGGGCGGCAUUCGUGAUGUUCAGGGCCUUUAUCCUCAGCUCGGGUUGAGGAACUCACCUCAGGUUUAUGAGGCCCUUGAGCAUCGGAUGGUUGUUGCAGAAGCUGCUCAAAAGUUGCGGCUUCCUCUCAUCUCCAAAGACGGUGAGAUUCAUGAGGAAGAAAUUGAAAAGUGGAGUAUCGUGUCCAGGAGUUCUCUUGAUAGUACAAGUACUAGUGUCACAAUCAGCUCAAGCACAAAUUCAACUAAUUAUACAAAUGUAUCUGCCAUCGGGGCAGGGGCUUCUGCAAAUAAUCCUUUCUCUGUUGGGGUGACUGAUUCAUCUGAACCUGAAGUUGGUGGUGUCCCAAAUAGGUUCCUUGGGAUAACACCGACCUAUCUAUGGCAAACACAGCUUCAACAGGCACCACCCAUUGACAUUACGGAAUACCAGGUGUUGCUCGCCCGUGAGAUUGCCAGUCGGUUAGAUGCCAAGUGUGAUAAAUUGGCAGAUGCUGUUGUUAUAGAUGACAUGGAUUCGUCAAGUGUUCAUCAGAACUUGACUUCCCGACUUCCAGAAAGGGUAAAGUUGAUCAUUGAGGAGAUCGAAAGAGAAGAAUUAGCAUGGAGGGAGGAUCUGUAUUCUUCUGACAGAAAAUUUGCGGAAUAUUAUAAUGUUCUGGAGCAGAUUCUUGGGGUGCUUAUUAAGCUUGUGAAAGAUGUAAAACUUCGGCACCAACAUAAAUAUGACGAACUACAAAAGACUUGGCUAUGCAAAAGAUGUGAGACCAUGAGUGCGAAAUUAAGAGUUCUGGAGCAUAUUCUCCUGCUUGAGACCUAUACUACAGAAACCAUUCCAGCACUCCACAAAAUUAGGAAAUAUCUUGUUGAGUCAACAGAAGAAGCUUCACUUGCAUAUAACAAAGCGGUCACACGACUUCGUGAGUAUCAAGGUGUUGAUGCACACUUCGACACUAUUGCCCGGCAAUACCAUGACAUAGUGAAGAAACUGGAGAACAUGCAGUGGACCAUUCACCAAGUGGAAAUGGACCUGAAGCGGUUGCCUGAUCAUCCUAGCACCUAAAUUAUCUCUAUCCAUUUGUGUAGUAUGAUUGUAUAACAUUCUGCUUUUUAUGGUGUUUCGGAGAAGAUGCAAUAGCUUGCUUGCAUCCAUCUCUAUGUAAAUAACUUAAUGAUACUCCAAUAUUUUGGAUCUUACUAUUAAUCAAUUUUCAGACAAAACUAUUUCUCUGA